AGAGCGCACGAGGGAGCAUUAGCUGUUCUUUUGUUAGACGGUUUGAAAACAGGUUUGGUGUUUUCGGUAAAUAUUUCCGUGUUUUCAGUAAAAAUGUCUUCAGUUCAGCCUCAGAGAGUUUAUCAAGCAGCAGGAAACUCCUGCUGAAGAAACAUUCACAGAGUGGAAAGAAAUCAACGUUAAGAUGGAGGAAGAGAUGGACGAUCAGCGCAGACUGAUGGAUUUUACCCGGAUACCCAAGAUCAUCUUGCACCGGAUAGAUCUCUCACAAUGCAGUGAAGAGGAGGAGAUUCUCAAUGAAACAAAACCACAGAGGAACCAACUCAUCUCUCAUGGCUCUGCAGAAACUGAGAACCAGGAUCAGGAAGGAAUCAAUUCUGAAGACCCAGAAAAAAAGAAAAAGGAAGAACAGAAACAAAAGGAGAGAUAUGAGAAAACCAAACAGCAGAAAGAAAGAACUGACAAUGAAAAUGCUCAUCGAGGGCAAAAAUUAUACUCUUGUAAAAUUUGUGAUAAAAACUUAUCUUAUAACUGUAACUUUUUGAGACACAUGAGAACUCACACAGGGGUAAAACGUUUCACUUGUUCAGCCUGUGGGAAAAGUUACAGUGACAGAAGGACUUUAACUAAGCACAUGAGAAUUCACACAGGUGAGAAGCCUUUCUCUUGUGGCAUUUGUGGAAAAAGUUUCAGCCGAAAAGACACUUUAAAUGUUCAUAAGAGAAUCCACACGGGAGAGAAGCCUUUCUCUUGUGGGACUUGUGGUAAAAGUUUCACCCUUAAAACAACUUUAAAUUGUCAUUUGAGAAUUCACACAAGUGAGAAGCCUUUUUCUUGUGGGAACUGUGGAAAGAGUUUCUCUCAAAAAGGUACUUUAAAUGUUCACAUGAGAAUUCACACAGGUGAGAAGCCUUUCUCUUGUGGGAGCUGUGGAAAGAGUUACAGUGACAGAAGGACUUUAACUGAGCACAUUGGAAUUCACACAGGAGAGAAGCCUUUCUCUUGUGGGACUUGUGGUAAAAGUUUCACCCUUAAAAGAACUUUAAUAAGCAUUUGAGAAUUCACACAAGUGAGAAGCCUUUCUCUUGUGGGAGCUGUGGAAAGAGUUACAGUGACAGAAGGACUUUAACUGAGCA